AACCUCCAGAGUAGCGCAACAUUUCCUUUACCUUUGUUGUCCGAUAUUUAUAUAUUGAUCCUUCCUGACAUGUCAUUUAUAAGUUUAUAAGAAUCAAUUAGAAUCAAUAUAAUCGGACGCGUUUCUUCCGGUGGUUCGGUUUUUAAAAACUUGCCCAUUGGUGUCUAUGGAGGGAUAGCGAGCUGGCUAACGGUACAGGAGCUAACUGUGGCUAGCGGCUAGCGGCGUGUUCUGGUGUUUUUGUUUUGAUUAAAAAGUGAAAAAAAGCUUCAGCUGCUUCAGCGACAUGACGUCAGCCUCCGCUAAGGUCGGAGAGAUUUUCUCUGCAGCCGGAGCCGCUUUCACCAAGUUAGGAGAGUUAACCAUGCAGCUGCACCCGGUGUCCGACUCCAGCCCUGCAGGAGCGAAGUGGACGGAGACGGAGAUCGAGAUGUUGCGUCUGGCGGUUCGUCGCUUCGGAGACGACCUGAACAACAUCAGCACGGUGAUCAAAGAGCGCACCGUCGCUCAGAUAAAGAGCACGGUGAAGAGGAAGCUAUACGAGGACAGCAGGGUCCCCAUCUCGUCUGAGUCCCCCAAGAAGACCGUCAAGAAGACCGCCGUCGCCAUGACGACGGCUCCAGCGCUCGCCACCCCCGCCAUGAUCGCCGUGCCGACCUCGCAGGUCGUGGUGGCGUCGGGCAUGCAGAGCAGCCCGUCUCUGGCCCCGCCCAUCAAGAAGCAGAAGACAGCAGACGUGACUCUGAGCGCUCUGAACGACUCGGACGUGAACAGCGACCUCGUGGACAUCGAAGGACUCGGAGACGGCUCGUCCAACAAGAAACUCAACUUUGAUCAAGAGAGCCUGAACCUGGACUCCAGCCUCAUCAUGAACUCCAGUGACCUCCCCCUGCUGUCCCGCUGACCUCUGACCUCUCAGCCAGCGAGCAUCACCUGUCCAUCGACGUCCUGAACACGAUUCUCCGGCUCAACGUUUGACACUUUAGGAGAAAUAAUCCAGGGCAGCAAAUCUAAACAUUUUAGUUUCAAGUUUUUAUUUUUUUUUAAACAUUUUGACGGAUAAACUUCAGGUUUGUGUUUGUUGCUUUUUGUGUGACGGAUUUCUCUUUCAGCCAGUUUUAGUUCAGUUUCUGUGUAAAGAAAAAAAACGAAUAAUUAGAAAACGUCAGAUUUUUACGUCCUGAGCUGUUUAUCAUGAAGAAACUUUAGAUAAUUUAAGUUUAAGUGUCGACGCUUUAAUGUGAAGGAACGAAGCCGUCGGGGAGAUUAGCUGAUAAAUCUUUAAACUCUUCAUCUUUAAAUUAAUAAUUUAGUCUCUCAAAUUAAUCGUUAUUUCGUAAUCUUAACUGCAGAUUUAAAAAAAAAAAAAAAAAGCUGUUUUGAAGAAAUAUUUCCUGAAGCUUCUUGAAACUGUCUGGAUGGAAAAAAAUAUAUGUUACAACAUAAAAAUGUUUUCCAUGCGAAUAUUGUAAAAACAAAACAAUAUGAAGUAUGUAAAACAAAAAUCCAAUAUUCUGCCAGUAAAAGACAACAAUAAAAUGAAAUACAGUUCCUGUACGUCCCUAUGAGAAAAAGACUUUCUUAAAAUAUUGAUUUCAUCUUAAAAAAAUAAUGACUUGAAAUAACAACUUAAUAUCUUCAAAUAACAGAUUAUUGUUUCAAAAUAAUGACAAACUUGUUAUGAUAACUUCCUGAAGCUUUUUUUUGGCUUUCAUAAUAUUUCUUCAUGCAACAAGCUGAACAUUAACUUCUUAAUGUGUGUGAAAAGUAAAAUAUUGGAAGAAACAUGAAUAUAAAUAAUGUUCUUUUCAUCCAGAUGGUUCAAAGAGUUUUGAAGUGUUUUAGAAAUCUCUUCAGAAGUGAUUUUAUCAUCAAACAUCACGUUUUAUCUGUUUUUUGGAUAAAAUCAUGAGCUCAGCGAUGUGACGGGAGAAACAUCUGAAAACUUCUGCAGAAACAUAUUUUUCACAUAUUUCAGCCCAAAUUAAAUCUGUAUUUAGUGAAUUCAUUGUAAGAUGAAGAAAAUUAAACUAAAGACUUUAUCAACUAAUGUCCCCGAGCCGACAGUCUGACAUGUUUAGCUUGACUUCUCACAUAAACCUGAAAAUACUAAAUAUAGUUUCAUAAAUAGCUGAUCCCUGCUGCAUUUAUCGGGGACUAUUUUCAGCGGCGGAUUAAUCCGCGUUCUCUGCUCUGUUUGUUGCUGAUCAUGAUGGGAGCACGUUGAUUUGAACAUUUUAUCGAUCAGUGGCUGCGAGAAAUGUAAAAACUGUUUUGAUUGUUAAGUGAAAUGAAAGAAUAAACUUGGAAUACUUUGUCUUCA